CCAAAAUGUUAAUUUGUAUAUUUUUUUCUCUCCAGUGAUAGGACAACGUCCACAUAGCUAAAUGGGCAAUUAAUUGAGUGGUCGUGUCGUUAAUGAUAUACCGCUAGUUAGAAACGCUAAACAUGUGCUAUCUGUAGCUGUCGUUAACUGAAGUUAUGCAGUUAGCGAGCUCGCUCACAGUCUAUGUGAUUCAGUUCGCGUGAAACACACCUGUGCAAGGUAUGGCUGACGACCCUCAAAGAAACUUUCGCUCUGCGUAUUAUGAGAAAGUGGGCUUUAGAGGAGUGGAGGAGAAGAAGUCUCUGGAAAUACUGCUCAAGGAUAAUCCUCUGGAUCUAGAAAAGCUGAGCACCUUCAGUCAGAGGUUCCCCCUCCCCUCGAUGUACAGGAUCCAUGUGUGGAAGGUAUUGUUGGGAAUCCUACCUCCCCACAGUGACUCUCACACUAUGGUGGGACGCUACAGGAAAGAGCAGUACCAGGACAUCCUGGAGGCUCUGGAGGUGAUGAGAUACGUCAACUCUUCCACUCCCUCCACCCAUAUCUUCCUGCGCAUGUUCCAGCUGGAGAGCCAGAUGCUGGCACGGCGCUCUGAGACCUCAGACCCGGAUGAAGAGAACGAGGACUUCCUCUCCAUCAGUCACGCCAUGGAGGAGAUUGCAGAUGAUCCUAUCGACUGCUAUUGGCUGAUCAAGUGUUUCGUCAAUCAGUUCCACACAAAGUUUGGAGACUCGAUACCCCACCUUCCGAAGAGCCUGGAGCAUUAUCUGAGUCAGGAGGAUCCCCGACUGCUGAAGCAUCUGAAGAACACUGGAGCCCUGGCCCAACUGCCCUAUGGCCUCUGGUUCAGGCGCUGCUUUGCCGGUUGCCUGCCCGAAUCCAGCCUGCAAAGAGUGUGGGACAAGGUCAUCAGUGGGUCCUGUAAAAUCCUGGUGUUUGUGGCCCUUGAGAUUCUGCUCGGCUACAAGAUCAUGUUGCUGGGAAUCAGCCGGCCUGACGGCGUGGUCCGGUUUCUGUGCAAUAUACCGCAAGAAAACACGGACGCCAUUGUGACUAAAGCGAUCGACUUGUGGCACAAAUACUGUGGCACUCCAAUGCACGCCAUGUAGUCGCGAGGAGCUUCCCCCUCACAAUGGAAGUCUGGGCGCACUUGUGAGAUGCUUUCCCAAGAUGCAUCAGGAUUGGCUCUUACAGAAUGGAUGAGUCUCUGCGGGACUGAACGGAAAACUCUUCAUGAGCUACCUUCGGCGGACUUUGGAGCCACUCUUCUUUUUGACAACUCUCAGCUUUCCCCAAAGAAUAUGAUGACCUGUACGUGGAAAAGACUGAAAGCUGCUGCUAUGCAGAGCGAAUGCAACAAAAAAAAAGGCAAGGAAGCAUAAACUUUGUUUUUCCCCAAGUUUCUUUCUUUAGGAAACGUCAUACAUCAUAGAAGACUCACAAUAAAUUAAUACCCACAUGCAGUUGUUCUGCUUUACAAAAACAUUUGAAAAGUCUUGCUUACUUUCUUUACUAUGUACAAGUCUUAUAAUUCUCAGAACAUUUCUUUCAAAAACAUUUUUAAACAUACAAGAGACGGUAAUAAUACCCACGCUUGUACAUACACACACGCACUUAGUCAGACAUACCACACACACAACUGAUCAACCAGUUCUCCCAAUUGUAUGGGUAAAACUGACUUAUGAAGCUAAUGAGGAGUAAACGAUUAAAGGAAAGUGGCAGGGAUUUCAUAUUUUGUUCCACCAAAGAUUUAUCUCUGACAAUAAAAUAAAGUCUACCUUGUA